AUGCUACCAAUACCUGUGUCGUUCGGGGAGCGGCCAAGACGGUCGUUCUCUCGAAAACAAUCGCGUCGGGGCGUUGUAGAUGCGCUGCUCCAGCGUUCCCGAAUCACAAAUCUGGGCGUCAUCCUGCUGGCUUCCUUCGCCGUCCUUUCGUUCCUUUACAACUUGCGCUACUACGUGUCCGAAAGCUACACAGGGGCUGCACCUCCUCGCAGCAUACUCGCCACAAUCUCUCGCCAGGAUGCCGAAAAGCUGAACCACCUUGUUAUUGUACCCGGCCAUUCUAUUUGGACAGGACACAACGCCAAUGAGCGGUUGAACGAGGACGAUUGGAUACUUGAGUCAUAUCAACGGGGUGGAGGUCGUGUGGCCGCGUUUUAUGAUCAUAUAGCCAAAGGAGCAGAAAUAGCGGUCAACGAUCCCCACUCCCUGCUCGUCUUCAGCGGUGGGCAAACUCGGAUAGGCUCAACUACGACCGAGGCCGAGUCCUACAUGCGAUUGGCCCACAAAUCCAACGCAUUCAACCUAUCAUCGCCUCAGGCGCUCUUCCCCCGUGCGACGACUGAGGACUUCGCUUUGGACUCCUUCCAAAACCUUCUCUUUUCCAUCGCACGUUUCUUCGAGUAUACUGGCCGAUACCCCGAGCGAAUCACUGUCGUUGGAUACGAGAUGAAAAGGAGACGCUUCGUCAAGCUUCACCGGGCCGCUCUGCACUGGCCAAUUGACAGAUUCCACUAUCUUGGUGCCGAUCCUUACGGCGAAGAGGGCGUCCAAGCACAGGACGGAGAGAAUAAAAAUGGAUAUCUGCCAUACUUGGAAGAUAAAUAUGGGUGUCAUUCGUAUCUUCUAACAAAGCGCCGUCAACGGAACCCUUUCCGCCGAUUCCAUCCAUACUAUGCAUCUGCACCCGGGUUGAAAGGUUUAUUCGACUGGUGCCCCGACAAGCCGACGAUGUUAUUCGACGGAACACUUCCUUGGAGUACUUAG